AUGGCUACAGCAGAAUCACUUGCAGAAGUAACAGACGUAGUUCAGAUCUUGAGACAAUGGGAGGAAGAUCACAUUGCCCCGACCUACGAUCCAAUUCCAACUUUACAAAGACUAGCCGAAAUUAUAGAACUGGAAACAGAAAACUAUUUAAAAAUGGAUCCUGAUCCAUUUGAUGAGAGACAUCCGUCACGUACUGAUCCAGAAUGCAAUUUCGGUCACAUACUUAAAGUUCUUUUCAGAAAAGAGAACUUUAUGACAAAGCUCAUCAAUGAUUACCUAAGAGACACCUUUUGGCUGCGAUCAGGAAUCGCUGGACGAGAUGUAAGGAAGUUAAACACAGCAGCAUGUCGUCUGAUGCUGGACAUCCUUCCUGGUCUCGAAACUUCCGCAGUAUUUCAGCCCGACAUGGAGGCUUUAAUCCACAGACUCUUCUCCUGGGCUGAAAAAAGUGUGGAGCCCCUCCAGAGUUACGCCACCGGCCUGCUCGCCGCAGCCAUGGAAGUUCAGGAUAUUGCGACCGGUUUUCGCGAACAAAACGGCAAGAUGGUGCCGCUGAUGCUCCAGAGGCUGCACAAGUUGCAGGAAAAAGCCACAGAGGACAGACAAGCAGCGGUGAAUGCGAGACCUUUCGCUCACUUUGGCCAGAGUCGAAACCUCCUGCACGAUUUCGAGCACAAAGGGGUCCCGGGGAAACGGAAAGUCAAGGACAAGAAACGAGAAAAUGGUGUUGUCUUGAAAUCUCCAGAAGGUGUCGCGACAAUUUCUCAGGAAUCCGAGUGCGAGGCCUACGAAGAGGAAAGUGCACAAAGCGCCGACGAAAUUCCACCCAGUAAGAAAUUGAAGAACAACGAUGAGCCAUCAACGCCUGUAAAGACUGAUAUUUCAUAUCCCGAGAUAAUGUCUCCACCAUUGGCUAUCCCAAAAGCUUCUAAUAAUGUUUCCAACUCCCAAGUGACUCCCCUGAAAAAUCUGAACAAUCUUACAACGCCACCGAGGCCAAGUGGAGUCGUGACUCCAGUGCGAUGUAAUUUGUCCAGGUCUUUGAGUAUUAGUACUCCAAAUACUCUCGUUGAGGGGAAUUCGAAUUCGUCCUGGGCGGAAAUGGAAUCCUAUGUGAUUGGAAAUAUUCAGAUACAUCCUCCGACCCUCGCUACGAGGCAGAUGCUCAUUCUCAGGUACUUAACUCCUAUGGGAGAGUAUCAGGAAUUUCUGGGGCAUGUAUUUGAGCAAAACGCUUUGGAGUUAAUUCUUAAGUACAUCAACGUCAGAGAGACAAAGGACAGUCGACUCGCGUUUGAGGCGUUGAAGUACUUGGCUUCUCUUUUGUGUCAUAAGAAGUUCUCGAUCGAGUUUCUGAACAUGGGUGGUCUGCAGAAACUGUUGGAUGUGCCGAGACCUAGUGUCGCGGCUACUGGAGUUUCUAUAUGUCUGUACUAUCUCGCGUAUUGUGAGGAUGCGAUGGAACGCGUCUGCCUCCUACCAAAACAUGUUAUUUCUGACCUAGUCACAUAUGCACUCUGGCUUCUGGAGAGGAGUCACGAUUCGGGAAGGUGUCAUGCGACGAUGUUCUUUGGCUUCUCCUUUCCGUUUAAGGUUAUUCUUGAGGAAUUUGACGCGCAGGAUGGGCUUAGGAAACUAUUUAAUGUGAUAUCUACACUUCCAAUAUUAAAUAUUGAGGAAGAACCUACUCUAAACGACGAUGAAGAAUGUGCUUCAAGGCAAAUCGUCAGGCAUGUUGCCGUCGCUUUGAAAAGAUACAUGGAAGCGCAUUUGUAUCUGAAAGCGGAGCAGCUUCAAAGAGCUGAAAAUGCCAGAACAGAACGUGAUACAUGGCAGCCUUCCAUUCCUCCAUAUAAGGCGUGUAAAUUGAGCAGUGAAGAAGUCCAAACAAAAGUAGAAAUUUUGCAAGAAUUAAUGUCUCUCAGAGUAAUGUGGCCACCAGUAGAAGAACUCCAUCGUCUUGGCGGCAUUACUCUCCUCUUGCAAAUAAUUGCAUUCGCACGAGAAUGGAAUUACAGUGGACGUGUUCAUACAACGUCGAGUGCAGAGACAGUUCGAUCGUGUCUAGAUGUGAUCGCGAUUUGCUCUGUAGUACCAAAGGUCAUGUUGUUGCUGUGUGAAAGAGUAGACAUGCCGGACAUGUCUAUGACAAUGGCAAUCAAUUUGUUGUUGGCAGCAGCAGAGUGUGAAAUUAUCGCAGACGCUGAUGUUCAAAGGGCGGCGCUCAGGGCCGUCGUAAAUUGUGUUUGUGCACCAAUAAAUAGGGUUGGCGGGAAUGUAGCGAGGUAUUCAGUAACAGGAUCAGCCAAAAAGAAAGCCAACAUACACAAUAGCGAAGAACUCAUUCAGAAAGUUUGGGAAAGCGUGAGAUCGAACAAUGGAAUAAUGGUUUUGCUCCAGUUAAUGAUGGUCAAAACGCCAAUUACAGACGCGGACAGUAUUCGUGCUCUUGCUUGUCGAGCACUUGCUGGACUUGCACGAAGUGAAAAAGUCAGGCAAAUUAUUAGUAAAUUGCCAAUGUUUACCGACGGUCAAAUUCAGGCUCUAAUGAAAGACCCAAUACUUCAGGAAAAGAGACAGGAGCAUGUAAUGUUCCAGAAGUACGCCUUGGAGUUGAUGGAACGCGUUUCUGGAAAGGCGAAGCCAACAGGAGCUGAAUAUGAAAUUUCGCUGGUCAGCUUGCACAGAGCGAAUGUCGUUGCUCAAACGAGAAUACAGUACAACGAACAGCAAUUGAAUCAGCUAAUACAUCAGCACCUGGUUUCAAAGGGUUUAUCGGAAACUGCUGGUUCACUUCAAAGAGAGGCGAAUCUAGAUUCACCCGCUGUUAUGAAAGCAGUCACUACAUAUCAGCCUUUCCAUUACAGAAGUCCUGCUCCCAUGGGGCCGAGAGUGGGAUUUUCGCCUGGUGCUCCAGCCAAUCUCUACAACACAAGCAGAUGUGGAGCAAGAGAAACGACUCCUAGGUCCAGUGUAACUCCCACCUCUGGAACUUCUCGCUUUAUCAAUCACCCGAAUGCCUGUACAAAUGCAACCCCCUCACCGAAUCCAAUUCGGAUAAAACUAGCAGAUUCUUUAAUCCAGAGUCCCGUAACGAAUAAUCUUAGUCAACCGAUAAAACUACAAAUUAAUCAAAAGAAACUGAAUCAAACCGAAAAACAACAGUUGCCAGCAGGUCCGACGAAUUGUCAGUCCGUUGCACAAAUUCAGUCGACUUCGUCCAGAUCUUUGCAAAAGCAGAUCUCGAGAGAUCCAGGUGGAGGUGGACCAGGUGUUGCGACCUCGAAUUUGGCUACUGUUACUUUAGAUUCUAUAAUCACGGAAUACUUAACGAAUCAACACGCUUUGUGCAAAAAUCCCAUGGUUACGUGUCCACAAUUUAAUCUUUUCGAACCUCACAAGUGUCCAGAUCCUUGUACGAAAAAUUCCACUCCUCUGAAUGUGUCGAUGAGACUCUCGAGACGACCUCUGGGAAUGGAUGGAAGGAGACUGGACAGAAGACAUAUUUACAGUCGAUUCUGCCCUGUCAAAACUUUCCGGCCUACAGACGUCGAAGGAACAUUCACCUGCUGCACGUUUUCUCCAUGUCAAGAGUACCUCGUGCUUGGAACCUACACUGGAGAUGUAAAAAUGUUCAAUGCCCACACGGGAACAGAGGAAGGAUCGUAUCAAUGUCACGAAACUUACGUUUAUCACAUAGAAUGUAAUAAAAAAGGUAACCUUUUGCUGACCUCAACUGCGUGGCGAACUCCAAUGUCUGCACUUUGGAGCUUUGGCACCUUUUUUGAUAUGAAACUACCUCUCGAACAUGAAGAUUACGUGGAGUUUGGAAAGCUACAAGACAGGAUAAUUGGGACACAGGGUGAAAGUGCAACGAUAUACGAUAUAACUAGUGGAAAACUUAUCACGACCCUAACGCCUUCUAUAUCGAAUCAAUAUACCAAAAACCGAGCGACGUUCAGUAUGAACGACGAGUUAGUUCUAAGCGAUGGAAUAUUGUGGGACGUAAAUUCAGGAAAGGAGAUACACAAGUUCGAUAAACUGAAUCAAACACUGAACGGUGUGUUUCACCCAAAUGGUACAGAAGUUGUGUCAAAUACAGAAGUCUGGGAUAUGAGGACGUUCCAUCUUCUUAAGACUGUGCCAACUCUUGAUCAAAUGGAGAUAAUAUUUUCCCCAGUGAAUAGUAUCAUGUACGCUGUUUCGAUGGAUCAGGAUAAUGAAGAUGAAUCGCAUUAUGCCACCUCAUUCAAAACUUUAGAUGCUUUAGAUUACAGCAGCAUCGCGACUUACGAUGUUAAAAGGGGCAUUUAUGGAUUGGCAUGCAACAAAUUCGACACGCAAAUCGCGGUUGUUGAGAACCUAGGAGAAUUCGACAGCAUACAAGAAUCCUGCGUGAGACUAUAUGACGUCGGUAGACGAAGGGAUGAUGAGGAUGAAGCAGAAGAGGACGACGAUGAAGAUGAUCUCGAUGCAAGUGACGACGACGGGUCGAACUCUGCAUCAGAUGACAAUAAUGGCGAUGAUCCAGAUAAUGCCGACGCAGGCGGCGAAGACAACAGAGAUGAUAACGAGCAAAACGACGGGGACGAUAACGACGAAGAUGAUGAGAGCGGCGAUGGCGACGAUUCUGCGGACGAUGGCUCUGAAUUUGAUCCGAACGGCGAUCUCAACGAUCUUUCGGACGAGUUUUCUCUCUCAGAUAUGGAUGAUGUAGAAAUACUGUUUUCCUGAAUAGAACUGGCUUUGAAAUACAGAGGUGUUUGUUUUAUAAGUGUAGUUACUCCCAGGGUCUCAGAAAUUCACUACACAAGUAAGCGCUACAAGUUCUUUUAACCGAGCGUCUUAAAAUAUUUAUUGAUUUCAUUAAAAAUGUUUAUAACUUUAAAUGUAAAGUUAAAACUUUACCGUGGCAUGCAUCGUGUUGAGAGAAUAUUAUAGAUAAAGGUAGCUGCUGUCGUGAUGUUCACGACUGAGAGUAGGUAAUCGCUAAACACGGAAAUCCGGAAGGAAAUACUGCGGAGACGUGGUGUUGUGAAUUGUACAAAAGGAAGGUCUUCACUGUAUUCUUAUGUGACGACUUUAAAUAAUUAGCUGAUAAUUUUGAGUGCAUCACAACCACUAGCGCGAAGGGCAUAAUCGUGCCUUUGUCCUUCGACGAGGUUCAGAUGUCAGAUUUACUCCGAUCCGAGAUGUUGAAUAGUUACUUUUUGAGAUUUUCCAAUUCUAUAGGGAGUGAUAAAGAAAACUUACCGAACGGUCUCCGUUUUUCGCAAUAGGUACCGCAAAGACUAGAUAGGAUUUUGAAAUGUUCCUUUUCUACACGCAACAUUGAAGAGGAUGAGAUACGAAGUUCUUCUCUUGCGCUCAUGUAAAUGGUUUCAAGAUAAAUUUUUCUAUUUUACGUACAUUCGGUAGAAUCAAGUUCAGCGGAUAACUAAUUCUUGGAUAUUAUUGUGAAAUAUUAAGUGGUUAGUGAACGUGAUUGAAUGAAUAUAACUGUAAUGUAUAUGAGUAAUAAUAUUAAUAAAUAUUGUAAAAAGUC